AUGCCCAACCUUACCUCCACAUCUGAAUUUCUGCUCCUGGAAUUUUCAGACAUCCGAGAACUACAAAUUUUACAUUUGUUUGUAUUCUUAGCAGUAUACUUGACUGCAGUGAGUGGCAAUCUUCUCAUCAUCGUUGCUGUAGCCUUUGAUCAUCACCUGCACACCCCCAUGUACUUUUUUCUCAUGAACCUGGCGCUUCUGGAUCUUGGCUUGGUUUCUGUCAUGGUACCUAAAGCUAUGGUCAAUUCCCUCCUGAACAUGAGGUCCAUUUCUUAUUCAGGAUGCGUGGCUCAGGUUUUCUUCCUCUUGUUCCUUGAAGGGUCAGAUCUUGCGAUCUUAACAAUAAUGGCACAUGAUCGGUAUGUCGCUAUCUGCAAUCCAUUGCAAUAUAAUACAAUAAUGCACAGAGGAGCAUGCAUUCAGAUGGCAGUCAGUGCAUGGAUUGCAGGUAUACUCCUUGGUAUAUUACACAGUGGAGGAACUUUUGCCAUCACCUUCUGCUCCAACAGGAUCAAUCAGUUCUUCUGUGAAAUUCCACAGAUUAUAAAACUCUCCUGUUCUGACAUGUAUCUUGUUGAAGUUGGUAUUAUUAUGUUUGGCUGUUUGCUUUCACUAGGAUGCUUCAUCUUCAUCAUUGUCUCUUACAUGCAGAUUUUUGCAGCAGUGCUCAGAAUCCCUUCCGUUCAUGGUCAGAAAAAGGCCCUCUCCACUUGCCUUCCCCACUUGACUGUGGUGUCUUUGCUUGUAUUGACUGGCAUCUUUGCCUACUUGAGGCCUCGCAGUCACACCUCAUCUGACCAGAAUGUUCUUUUUGCAAUAAUUUAUACUGUUCUCCCUCCUUUGCUCAAUCCAUUCAUCUAUAGUAUAAGAAACAAAGAAAUCAAGAAUGCAUUAUUGAAGCUCUCUGAUUUGGGGCACUUUUCAAAACUAAUUGCAAGCUUUUCUGCAAAAAUGAGGUUGAAUAAUCUUGUGCUGAAAAAAUGUUAG